AUCGGCGAAGAGAGGACCCCGGGUCUCAGCGAAAGGGGCCAAUAAAACCCUGGGGAGUUUCAUGUCGGGCCUCAGUUCUGUGACAGGCUUGUUAUGGCGCUGUAUUCGGAUGUGGAUACCUAACUGUGAUACUUCCUGGUGAUAUCUGUGCCUGUGUAUUCCCUCACAGAAGGACGUUGAACUUCUAGAAAAAUAGAUUCCCCAGAACGAAAGGAGAAAAGAAAGGUACUCCUUGUCACUUGAUUUCAGCGCCAAAUCCUUGCCUGACUGAAACGGCCAAACGCAUCAACCAUGAAGCUUUAACUUCGUAAUAAUAUGCUUAUCCUGUGUGAUAUGGGGUAUAUUAUUUCUCUGUGAUAACUUUCCGCGUGAAGACGACGUAUUUCUUGUGAGUUGUGUCCGUGGAUUCUAUUGGGAUGUCUCCGGCCAUGGCGACAGCUGGCGUGAAGCGAGCGAGACUGGACGGCCUCAGGCACGACUUGACCACUGGACUGGCUGACCGAGGGCUCCGUAUGGACUCUGACGGUAAGAGCAAUAAAACAUCUUCUGAUGACGAGGAUGAUGACGUGGCUGACGACGAGGGGAUAAUGCUGGAGCACGGCGACAACAAAGGUCAACAGCAACAGCAACAACAGCAGCAACCGCAACAGCAAAAUAUAAAGAAAACGGUGGCGCAGAUAAUGCGGGACAAGAAGAAACAGACACAGUUGACUUUGCAAUGGUUGGAAGAAAACUAUUGUAUCUGUGACGGUGUCUGUCUGCCGAGGUGUAUCCUCUACUCCCAUUACUUGGACUUUUGUCGACGUGAGCAUCUGGAGCCAGCCUGCGCCGCCACUUUCGGCAAGACAAUACGCCAGAAGUUUCCCCAUCUGACCACUCGCAGACUGGGCACCCGAGGACAUUCCAAAUAUCACUACUACGGCAUCGGUAUCAGGGAGACGAGCCAGUACUACCACUCUGUCUACUCCGGCAAAGGACUCACGAGGUACAGUUUACACUACACGGGUGCUCAAAACCAAACCUGCAGACCCAAAUUUGCAAGGUCAACUAAACCCCCUGAAGCACCGCCAAAGAAGUCAAGAUUUGUAUCAAAUGCCAAAACUCCAUUGGGUGGCUUCACCCGGAAGUAUUCACUCAACUCCAAGACAGGCACGUUACUUCCGGACUUCCCUAAUGCCAGGUUCCUCAUUCUUCCUCUGUCAGUGCCCAGGGACAAGGUGGAGACGCUGAUCAUGAUGUACAAGACACACUGCCAGUGCGUGUUAGACACGGCCAUCAACGGAAACUUUGAAGAAGUGUUGAUAGAUGUCCUCAUUCCGUCGACAAUGCAAGAGAUGCCGGAAACAGAGUUCAAAGACCUCCUUCGUAAGCAGGCCACUGUGGAAGCCUUCACCGAGUGGUUGGACAUGGUCGUCGAGCAGAAAGUCAUCAAACCCAGCAAACAGAACGGCAAGUCCUUCAAGAAGAGGGCCCAGGACUACCUACUCAAGUGGUCAUUCUUCGGCGCCAGAGUCAUGCACAACCUCACUCUCAACAACGCACAGAGCUUUGAUGACACAGGAGCUAAACCAAACCUCCAGCAGCCUGCAGGGACGUGCUUUGUAGCCAGCCAGAGCAGAGUGCCAGCCCAGAACGAGACGCUCAAGAGAGAAGUCUAUGGCGACUCAACAUCCGCCUCUCCGUACGCGCAUGCGCAGGGGCACAGCCGUGACGUGUUCGCCCUCUCCCCACAUCUGUCCUCGUUGACGUCAAUCACUCAGGCCAUGGGUACAGCUGGUAACCCAAUGUUGACCCCUCCCGUGUCACCCAUAGUGCCCAAUCCCAUCAACCCCCGCGCGAGUGUCAUCAGCCAGGGACCAAUUGCUGCUUUCUCCUCCACGUCACAGUCUCUGCCACUGGGAAGUUCAUUUCCUUAUUUGGGCCAACAAGGUAGCGAUUACAACCUCCCACACUCCAGUCCGGGUACUGGAUACGUCGGCAACUUCAGCUCAAACCUCUACAGCAGCGCCUUCCGCAGCCACAACCACAGUAACAGCAACAUCAACACCACCAUCUCCAACAACAGCAACAACAACGGCAACAGCAAUAUCAACAACGCCAACAACACCACCGCUAACAUUGCGAGCAGCAGUAAUCACGAUCCUUCUCAUUCAGCUGUUGUCAACUCCUCUUCGCCUAUUCGCAGCAGUGUUAAUAAUAACAGUAAUAUCAACAACAAUAACAGCAACAACAACAAUAAUAAUACCAGCAGCAAUAGCAUCAACAGCAACAGCAAUUCGUCUGCUGUAGGAAACCAUGCGAUGAACAACAGCACCAACGUCUACGCCCCCUACCCCUACCACCCCGGCAACUUCCUGUCUCACCAUCAUCACCACCACCACCAUCACCCCGGAACGUUCACCGGAAGUUUGUAUCAUCAGACACCUUACGGCGCAAAAGCAGACGCCGAAAGCACUACGUCAUUUCCGCAUUACAGUGACAACCCACAAUUCCCGAGUGACGUCACUGCCUACUUUGGGCCAUUCUGCCCUGCGCCUUCUAUGCAGCACGGAUACGGACUCGGUGCCGCUAACAGCUCCAUGGGCGGAUUGGGAGGUUCUGUACCCGGUUCUUCUAUUGGAUCCGGUUCUACGGGAUCCGGCAGUGCCUUCAAUGUGGUGCACAACCAGCACUCGGCAGCUGCUUCUUUUGUGCAAUCUCACUCCAUUUACCAGGGCACAGACUACUUCUCCCCACCGACCUUCCCCCCGGCCCCCAAACCUCUGGUGGAGCACGUGCCAGUGAUCCAGCAGCGGCUCCCAGUGGGCGCGUCGCACUACCACAACGAGGCCAGUGACCCCCUGAACCUGCUGGACAAAUCGUACCGCGCCAAAGACACGCUCAGCAUGUACGGCGCCGCCGUCACCAGCAAAGACGUCCCGGGACUGUACGGGGCUGUGGCCAGUAAAGACGUCGGAGGUCUGUACGGCGCCAUGACCAACGGGGGGUCAGGAUCGUGUCAUAGCCCGCGGGCCAUGGGUCAUCACGGCAUGGUGUCACACAUGCACCACCCCCAUGGACCAGCCAUGUCCCAGCUGACAGGCGAGGACUACCUGACCUCCAUGGGACUGGGCAUGUCCACCGUGCUGUCUGCUGACCCGGACAUGAUGGCUUCCUUCACGGACACCGGACCACUGCCGUCUAUCAACUCCGUAUUCCUGUCCUGAAAUCCAACACAAGGAUGAAAGUGAAUAGUUUUUUAAAUCCACCUUGUGCAAUCUGGAGCUGACAUAUUAAGUCAUUCCCGGGGUCAGCCGCAAACACUGGACGCUCUCUGGCCUGAGAGACCAAUGUGAUACGUUCGUGUCAACUGGCCGGCUAAUAGUGUUACUGUAAAGUUUUGCUACACACUUCAGAAAGUAAUACUAUAAGCCAAUCUAAAACGCGCGGGGGUAGUUGGAAGGCAGAUACUACAACGGACAGACGACAUAAAGUCAUGAACAGCCGUCAGCCCAAUCGUAGGAACAGUGCACCAGAGCGGCUGAAUACUGUAAUGAAUGGCAGAUCAUUGUACGACAACCUCAGAGGUCUCCGAAGCAGACAUGUCAUUUUCAGCCAAGGUUGUUUGCAGCUUCCCUUGAGGGACGAAUGCUUUGACACCUCAAAGGCGUCACUGUAGCGUGGAUCUAUCGCGAGGUCUUCUCGCUGCCCACAAUAGCGCUCUCCCUUGAAAAGAAGAUAAUAGUUCAUCUGUCAGUAUUUGACGAUGGCUAUGCAUCUGAACAGGAGAGAAAAUAAGGAUUAAGAUGACAUAAUGUGGCAUCUACUAUGGCCAAUGAGACCAGCUCUGACAAAGAAGAGUUUGCUACAUUUUGAGCAUUUAAAAGCUUCACUUCCACCUGACUUGUGGUAGUGUGCAGCUUGCAGGCUUCUCUCUUGGCUUCAUAAAAUUUGGUUGCAUUUUUUAAGAGUACAGGCAAAUAGCAAUGUGGCAACAGCAACAUCAGACCGGGGGGAGGGGACGGGGACAGAAGGAAAGGUCAAAGUCUAUGUCUUCCCUCCAUCCUCAUCCCUCCCCACCAUCCUCAUCCUUAGUCUAGUUUUUGACAUCGGAAUCGACCUGAAAUCCAAGGACAGAACAAAGGCAGCUCAGCAGAAGAGAAAGUAGGAGUACCUUAAAGUGUUCUUAAGACAGGAAUCGAGUUCUAUAACGGACUGCAUAUUUAUUCAGCUACUGGCGUCCACAGCAUUGGGUACGGAACUGGUCGGGAAUCUAGAUCAGCCAAUGCACACGUAUCAAAGCUGGUUUUUGGCUCUACGCCUAUUAUGUCCAAUUAAGAACAUAUUUUUGAGUGGAUUAAAGGCAUGAAAAUAGCAAACUUUCCGUUUCCAAGUACUCAAAAGCUAUGGAAAUCACCAAACUUUCGCUGCCAUUUUCUUGACAAUUUUAACUUUGAAACCACACAGCCCCACAUUUUUCAAUUACAAAUAUCUUGACUUCUAUUAAAGAUAGCUUUGUAUUUUUUCAUCCAACGAUAGA